ACAAUUGUUAGCCUUUCAGUCUGUGCGGUUUUGUUAUACUGGUUGCAUCGUUGAAACAAUUUUCAUAGAAAUGUAAGUGAUUGAAAUUAAUUAUAAGUGGAUACGACUGCUUCUAUUCAUCGAUGAAAUAGAAGAAAAAGAUUUCAAACAGCAAGAAAAUCAUGAGACUGAUAACAGCACUUGGUGUAUGGACUUUCGCACUUUUAUUCGUGAGAAUUACUUGUUUACAAUCAUGCAAGCCUUAUCAGGCAAAGCCCGAACAUCUGAACAAGCAAUUAGUUGGUUAUAAACUGUUUGACAUGAUUGUCAUAUCACAUCACGAAUGUGCUAAAGAAUGCAUGUUACUGGGAGCUUGUGUGUCUAUCAAUUUCAUAACAAGUACCAAAACUUGCGAAUUCAACUCAGCAGGGAGUGAGACAGUUCCUUCGUCAGACUUCAAGAAAACAAAAGGAAUAAUUUUCUCUGAUAUUGCCGAAUGGCCAAAGGCCAUGGUUAGAGGAUGUGCCAACAAUCAAUGCGACAAAACUCAGCGUUGUCUACCUCUAGACUCUGAAUCGUAUAAAUGCGAAAACAUCACGUGCAAAAUUCCACAAAAUGCCGAUCAAAGAAUUGAGGAACAUACCUCGGUCAUUGCUGGCACUGUCCGUUCAUACGAGUUCGCUUGUCCAGAUAAAAUGUUUCUAAGUGGUGACAAGAACAUAACGUGCAAUGUGAAUGGUAAAUGGACGGAAUCAAAGGCUACUUGCCAACUUAAAGAAUCAACAUUUAUAAAGGCGUGUUCACAUACAUCUGAUUGCAAUAUGCCAGGUGCACUGUGCAAAGAAGGACUAUGUUACUGUAGCCAUUUCUUUAAAUACGACGCCGAGGCCAGGAAUUGUACCAGAGUUUGCAGCGCCAUGAACAACACUUUCUCCGUCACGGAAGGUAUAAGAAUAUACAGCCGUAAUGAUCGUGGAAAUGGCGGUGUGGCCUCUGUUGAUGAAUGCUCUAGGUUGUGUUCUGAAGAUGAAGAUUGUCUGUCCUAUGAAGUUUAUGUCAACAGUAUGGGGGUUUACUGCGAGAGAAGCUCAUUUACAAAACAAAUGGUAGAAGAUGUAAUCCCCGAGAGUAUUAUAUCCGACGACUCCUGUAUAUUGUACGAGAAGAAAUGCUUCUAAAAGGCUUUGAUUUUCUAGUAUAAAGACACACAUACACUUCAUGUACAUUAUGGGUAUGUCAUUUUAAAAGUGUUAUAACAGAAUGGGAAAAGUGUUUACAAAUGUUUAAGUCAUAUAUAACAAAGUUAUAUAAACACUAAUGAACACUUCUAAUGUAUUUACAACUUUACUAAUACGAGGAAAGAAAAUGAAUUUUGUUCCCUUCCAUGUUCCCUUCUUAGCAUUAUUGCAUUAAAAAAAGAACAAUGAACACCUUUGUUUAAUUUGUUCAACUUAUUCCCAACUCCCUAGAAUGAAUCAGAGGAAAAAAUGUCUGUUAUAAUAAAGAACACACACACGCACACGCGCAAGCGGUAGCACGCAUGCAGACAGACACACACACACACACAUACGCAAACGCGCAGACGCAAACACGCACGCACACACGCACUCACACACAUCAGGCGAGCUUUACACACUUUUAAGAUUCUCUUUUAUUUAAUGAACGUUUCUACAUACAUGUUUUGUAAAAAACAAAUGUUAAGACCAUCACGGAAUUAAGACAAUCUUUUUAAAAGUAUUGAAAUUUUCGGUUCUUUGUUUCAAUGGUAACUUGAUCAUCAAUUAAGAGCAGCUCGGUUAAUAAUUAUUUAGACCACCAUUUUCAGUCUUUUUUAUUCUGUAAUUGACCCCAAUAUUGUAAACGCAGAUGAUCGAAUUGAUAACCAUCCACAUUUCCUGUUAAAAUAAAACCAUAUAAAUUCAAAAUACGGCUAUGUGACAUGUAUUCUUAUGUUGCAUUUACUUGUUGUUGCAUUUCGAUAUGCUUGUGAGUUACAUAAUUUUAUAGAUGUUGUAUUUUAUUGCAUUUGAUUGUAGUAACAAUUUAAUAUCGGACUCGGAAUAUAUUAUAUUCUGAGUUUUCCCUUUAUUAAUCAAACACGUCCUCUAACCGUUUUCUAGAAUAUAACAACUCCGGACAUAACGAUAUAAAAUUGGCGGUUGCCUGAAUGUCGAAAGACCGGUAGAGACAUUUCAGCUUCAUGAAUUCCCGAUUUCAGCUUCAUAAAUUCUCGAUUUCAUCUUCACGAAUUCACGAUUUCAACUUCACGAAUACACGAUUACAAUUCACGAAUUCACGAUUCUAACUUAAUAAAUUUACGAUUUUAUCCAUUGAAUUCACGAUUUCAAGUUGAAUUCAUGAAGUUGAAAUCGUGAAUUCGUGAAGUUGAAAUUGUUGAUUCAUGAAGUUGUAAUCGUGAAUUUAUGAAGUUGAAAUCGUGAACUGGUGAAGUUGAAAUCGUGAAUUCAUGAAGCUGAAAUCGUGAAUUCAUGAUGUAGAAUAGUGUGCUUAUUUGAUAGGUGAAUUACGUACAUCAUUAAUAUUUAACAAAAAACUACUGAUCAUUUCUAAUUUUGCAAUUGAAAUAUUCCAGAUCUUGUUCUGCCCUCAGCAGAUCAAAUAGGAUAACAUUUUUGGCAUAUGUAUAUAAUAAAUAGAGGAUUUUGAAUGAGUGUAGAUUUAAAAGUAAAUGUAUAGAACCAGUUUCAUAAAAUAAUAUUAUGCGACCCCUGGCGCAAACUUAUUAUUUACAGGAUUUUUUUUUCUUAUUUCAUUUUUGAUUUUUGGAACAAAGGAACAAAGUAUAUGUACCUAUUACUAUAAAACAAUGUAUAAUCUUUCACAAAAUAUUUUCUUAUUUUAUAAUUAGAUAUCGACCACUUUAUAUUGUAGCCGUUGUAAAUGUUGAUAUUGUCAUUUUUAAUUAUUAUUAGUUUAUCUCAAAUUAAUAUGAUAGAUACGAGUGUCAGUCGAAUGAAUUAAUAUAGCUUACCUUUACAUUAAAGAAAAUAAAUGAUUUUUUGUUUUUACAUUUUUUUAUAGAUAUACAAGUAUUCUUUUCUUUGUUAUUUUAAAUCAGAAGCCGUACUGAAAAUAAGUAUGCAUAUAAUGUUAAUAAUUACGCCUUACAUUUGACUUGAAAACGUGCCUAAUUUCAAAAAUUAAUUAAUAAUGUUUUUUAUUGUGUAAACUUUCUAUGUUACCUUCUCUAAAUAAAUUUUUUAUUAUACAUGUAAUUAUUUAUUGUAGAUCUAUUAUUAUUGUUAUUAUUAUGUUGUUAUUACAUUUCCUACAUGCUUAAAUCCUGACGAAUUGUACUACAGGACAGAGGAGCUCCUUUAUUCUACUGUUUAAUCACAAAUAUCUGUACAAUUGCUUCAGACUUCAGUGAAUGAAUGGAUAUCGUGACGAACGGACGGACGGACGAACAAAGGCAAAUCUAUUUGCCAUUGCCCUGUUUUAGUGUAGAGGGCAUAAAAAGGGAAAGUUACUUACCAUUCUACUAUCUGUUCCUGGCAAUAUGCUGUAUUCAAAUGGUUACCUGUCCUUAAACGUGUAGAUCAAAUCAACCUUUGUCAUGAUUUCAAAGUAUAAAAUGUUCUGAAUCAUGAUAGCAUGAAAAAUUACGUAUCCCACAGGUCACUGUUCAUUCUAACAAUACCAGGUUAAGUUACAAGGGCGCAUUUGCAAUCCUAAAGGUCAAAGGAUUUAGUACCAAGUCCUUCUGCUUUGUGGGUUGUACAUUGUGGAAUAGUUACAUGUAUUCAGAUUAUUAAUUUAGCAUUGGCAGUCUACUUUCUUUCGAAAUAUCUGCUCAGAAGUAAGUGUAAUUUUCAAUGCUUCUUACAUGAGUUUUUAAAUUUACAUCAUUUUGUUUCUUUAUAGGAAAUGUUUUUAACUCAUUUCGUCUAUCAUUUAAUACAUUUAAUAUGAAAUGAUGCAUUUGUUUCAGUGUAAGUAAUACUGAUUUUUAAAUUCUCAUUCUUUCAUAUUUUUUUUAUAGUUGCGUGUUGGUAUCUAGUCAAAUCGUCUAAUAAAAGGUUUAAUGUUUUUACUGUGAUAAAAGGGUAACUUGUCUUUAUUGUAGUAUGUCUUAAUGUAAAAUAUCUAAUGCUUAUUACUUUUAUCAUUUGCUUCCUAGUAUAUGUAUUCUGUUUUUAACUUGAAUGAUAUGUUACAAUAAUGUAUUUCUCGUCAAACUGUGUUCAAAUAACUUAAAAUCUUUAACUGAAAGUAUUUGUUUUGGCACUUAUUAAGGCUUUCUAUGAAAUGCAACCAACACAAGGGACACAGGGGACCACAAUUGAAUGAAUAGUCUCUCUAUUUUGUGCUAUACUUGGUGUUGGUGAGCAUGUCAUGGUAACUGAUUUAUUCCCAUGCAUCUUAUAUAUUUGUACCGUACAUGUUGCUUUAAUUAUAGAUGUUUAUGUUUUGCAUACCGAAAUAAAUUUAUCUA